CAAUAAGGCGCGCAGAGAGUUCUACGCACAGUUUAUCAACGAAAACGGAAAUGACCAAAAUAGACUGUUUAGAGCAACAAAUGCCCUCCUCCACCCGAAGGAUGAAGUGUGCUUCCCUGAUUACUCUGACGAUACAUCACUUGCGAAUGACAUUGGCCAUUUUUUUUAUAAAAAGGUCAUCAAUAUUCGUAAAGAGCUUGAGGCUGUGGUUAUUGAUCAAUGUGAUAGUUCUCGACUAAUAAAUGACCCUAAGUUUGGUUUUAAUCAAAGUCUAGAGAAAUUCGAGGUUCUUUCAACUGACAUGGUGUCCCAGCUUAUUCAGAAAUCAGCGAAGAAGAGUUGCGCCCUAGAUCCUAUGCCUACAUCACUCGUGGUCAAGAGUCUAAACGAACUGCUACCUGUCAUUACCUGCAUGAUCAACUCCUCCCUCUCGCUAGGUUAUUUUCCUUCUGCUUGGAAAUCCACCCUUGUUGACCCAAGGCUCAAGAAAACUGGUCAACCUGCAUCGCUAUCAAAUUUACGACCAAUAAGUAAUCUCCAGUUUGUAUCUAAACUGACGGAAAGAGCUGUAAGUGACCAGACACUUGAACACAUUAAAUGUUCAGAUAUACACCCAAUCCUACAAUCAGCAUAUCGAGCUGGUCAUAGUACGGAAACAGCCUUACUAAAAGUACAUAAUGACAUCAUGUGCUCUAUGGACCAACAAAGAGUCUCGCUACUAGUACUUUUAGACUUGAGUGCUGCAUUUGACACUGCAGAUCAUCAAGUGUUAUUACAUCGUCUUGAGGUCAGCUUUGGAAUAACAGAUACUGCCCUUAAAUGGUUUAAAUCCUACUUAACUAACAGAUCUCAACGUGUGCUAAUAAAUGGUAACUACUCCGAAAGUUUCUCUCUCCCUCAUGGUGUUCCUCAAGGCUCUUGUCUCGGUCCGUUGCUUUUCACAAUCUACGCAAGCAAGCUAUUCGAAAUAGUUAAGUGUCACCUGCUAGACGUGCAUGCGUAUGCUGAUGAUACUCAAUUAUACCUUUCUUUUAAGCCGGACGGUGCUACUAAUGAGCUUGAUGUAAUAUGUGCACUACAGAAUUGUAUCAAGGAUAUCAGGACUUGGAUGACAGUUGAUAAGCUUAAACUGAAUGAUGGGAAGACAGAGUUUUUAAUAAUUGGAACUGCUGCUCAGCUCAAAAAGGUUAACAUCUCUAGUAUUGUCAUUGGUCAAGAUAGUGUUCCAGUAGUAUCGUGUGCCAGAAAUCUCGGAGUAUGGUUUGAUAACAAUCUUAAUAUGUCACAUCAUAUAAAUAAGACUGUAGUAUAUCAUCUUCAUAACAUUAGACGUAUUCGAAAGUUUUUAAGCUAUCAAGAUAUAAAGUCUGUGGUCCAAGCACUAAUAAUGUCAAGGAUAGACUACUGUAACAGUCUUCUAUUUGGUGUCACAGAUGUACAUCUGUCUAAACUACAACGGCUGCAAAAUACAGCAGCACGUCUUAUCUGUUCUAUCCCUAAACAUGAUCACAUCACUCCGACUCUCAUCAAACUACACUGGCUUCCCGUUCGAUUGGGGAUCAAGUUCAAAAUUGCCAUGCUUGCUUUUAAAUGUGUCCAUCAGUAUGCACCUCUCUAUCUUGUCGAUCUUUUAAAAGUAAGAAAGACAUCGUGCUAUAGUCUAAGAUCUAACGAAGGCACACUGCUUGAAGACUACAGUACAAAAACAAAGAAAACACUCGGUGACAGGGCAUUUGUAACCUCCGCUCCAAAAAUCUGGAAUGAAUUACCUAUGUAUAUUAGAAAUCUGCAUAACUUUAGUAUUUUCAAGAAAUUAGUUAAGACUUAUUAUUUUGAAGAAGCCUUUAAUGUAAAUACUUCAUGUAACAUAUAAUCUAUAUAAUCUUCUUUAUAUUUUUAGUUAGUAACCAUUCAGCAUAGAAUAAUUUUAGUGUAAUUAUGUUUUGUGAUGCGCAUUUGAUCAUAUACUAUAACAUGUUAAUUUGCGCAAUAUAAAUAUUAAAUACUAUUAUUAUUAGUAUCAUAAUGACCAUACAUGCAUGAGACCUGCCAAAACAAUCCAUACUUGUGUUAGUAUAGGCAGGAUUUGUCGAUUAUAUGAUACUAGUAUAAUUGAAUUCUUUGCGAUAAAUAAAGCCGGUAUGUUCGUGUUUCGUUGUUCCGUGGGGUUCAAUCGAUAUUAUCUUCAAUUGGAUUCAGCGCAUCAAGUCGCUUGACUAUAACGAGCGAGAAACUGUGAGUUUGUAACGGUUCCCGAUUCAAGACAGAUGCUAGCAGCAUAUACAAUGUAAGUUAUAUUUUGUCACUUUGCACUUUACAGUAUUACGUUUUUACUCCUAAUUUGAUUCUCGAAUCUUACUGGAACUACAAGACAACGUCGACGAGUACUCGAUAUUUAUAUUGUUAAACAGCGUCACCGAACUCAAUGCCAAUUCUUAGUAUUUCUUACAACCGGACCAUAUUUGAAUAUAUAGUCCCAAAUUUAAAUAUGGCAUUUGUUCGUCCAAUCAUUCGCAUUUUGGUGUCAUUUUUACCGUUUUGACGGCGGUUUUGCUUUUAAAGCUUUGUUUUGAUUGAUAUAUAGACUCAGUUAUAGUUAACGCUUCUAAGAUAGUCGGUCCAUCUACGAACUUUGUUCGAAGAAAAUAUGUCCCACCAUGUGGCAGUCGUUUAUAAACACGCUAAUAUCUAUCAUACUAGGUUUCAUAUAACUAUGGAGUUUUAUAUCAUUUAGCUGAAUUAUUCGCUUCAUAUUUGUACAAAUUGUCUGAGCCUUUUGACUCGCAAGCACUCGCAAGUUGCGAGUGACGAGUGCUUGCGAGUGAGGUGAAAUGCGAGUACUCGCGAGUAGCGAGUCAGAACGAGUACUCGCUUUGACUCGCGCGUACUCGCGAGUACUCGCUACGCGCGAGUGGAGGUACCCUUACUCGCGACAGGUACUGUAUGUCUGUGGUACAGUAUAUUAAAUGGCUUCUAAGUUCUAAAGCAAUCAAAUUUGUGGUAAAAUAUUACAUAUCAGCUCAUUCUUACUGGAGCAACCCUCAGGCUAAGUCGAGGGCUUUUGUCAAGCUUGCUAUUAUCUCAGAUUCUCAGUUAGUUGCCUCCCAUAGCUCCUGGCCAUGGCAGCCCACUUAAUUCAGUAAUAUGAAAUUUAACGCAGAGCCAAAAAUAAUUAUGUAUAAACAUACAGGAAUAACAAACUAAAAUAACAUUCUUCUAUAUUCCUAAGGUGCUAUGGUAACCGCCAGUCUUUGGCAGCAACACAGCGAUCACGCUUUGCCAUGGCAUUUGAAAGUACUGAAGAUGCAAAACAUUGAAGCAGUGUAGAAGCUGGCACAAAGAAGAGAAGUCCUGUUGGAAACUUACAAAACAAAAAUUUUGAUAAGGAGAAAAUGAAAGAGGAAGUGGAAAUUUAUCCAGAUAAUAUGGUUAUAAACUGGUCAACUCUAGCAAGAAAGCACAACAUCAGGAACACUCAGGGUCAAAUAGCAAAGAAUGGAGGUCAAAUUGCAAAAGAAUGGCUAAAAUCUGCUGCUGUUGACAUCAAUCGAUUCAAGCGCAAACUGAUGGGAACGAUGAGAAAGUGCGACGAAAGAAACUGAGGGGACAUGGUGGAGAAAUUAGUGUCGCAGUGCCACAAACAACGGAAAGUGUGAAGGCUGACAUGAAAGAAAAAAUCUUGUCGGGUGAAUAUACUGUUGGACAACAAAUACUACCACGAAAGGUGUGCAUGUGUACAUAUAAAUACAUACAGUAUAUACGUACAGUAACUCAACUUCAACUCAUCUGAUUUUAGUAAAACAUUUGACACAAACAUUCAACACUACUAAUACUGUAUACUGAAUCUUAAUUAGUAGAUAAUUAAGGCACUUUUAAAGACAAAUCAUGAAUAAUUUCCUACCCCAGUUAAUUAAUAUGGCACAGGCGUAUUAUGUGCAAAUAUUAACUUUAUCUUUAUAAAAUUUUACUCACUUUCUAUUUCUAGUAUGUCAAGAUGGUACUCAGUGAUUCUGGGGAGAUGGUAGAAACAGAGUUUAUGGUCGAUGGACGAAAGCAGCCACUGCUAGAAAUAAGAGAGAGGAUGCUUUCGAGUCAAGAAAAAUACAUGAGGCAGAGGACCAAUGACGAAUAUGACAAGCUGACAAAGGAUAGUCUGACAAAAUCAUUGAAAGCGAUUAAUGAACACAUCGAAGGAGAAAAUGAGGAUGAAAUGAGAGCUAGGCUGAAAGAUAUUGAAAGUACAAGGCACCUGAAGAUGUGGCAUGAUCUUUCAACAAUUGCCAAUCAUGGUCACUUAGUUUUCAUGGUGUCAUGCCUUUAUGACCCUGCGGUGCAUUACACGACAGAAGAAUAUCAAAACCUUACUGGAAAUAAGAACAUAGAUAUACAAAUGAAAGUCCAAACACCUGAAGUCUAUAUUGUUGCAAGGUCUGGUAGUUCAGAUGUUGAGCAAUUGUCCUACAUUGACACACGACUUGAGUGCUUGCAGGACAUGAAAGUAAAGCUCCAAACAAAAUCUGGAAACAAUGUUACUGACACAAUGCGUUUCUUUCAUGGUGACAGUCCAGCUCGCCAACUUGAGGCUGGUCAACAGAAAGGAGGCAAUUUUUACUGUUCAGGAUGUGGUGCAAAUGCACAAGCAUAUCAACUGGACAUUUGUUUUUCCUGCCACUACCUGUCGUUGUCUGACAGACAACAGAUAGUGCUCGCCGGUCCUCUAGGAAGAAAAAAUUCCCUGGCAAAAUCUCCCAAGCCAUUCAAAAACCUAAAGAAGGAUGAACUUAUUCGAGAACUAAAUGCCAGAGGAAAUUAUGAGGGUGAUAAAAAGAAUGAACUUGAGAAGAUCUUGGCAGAGGAUUUACAUGGGGUUCAACGAGUACCAGCAUUACUUUACACAAACCCAACAUCAACUCUCCAAUCCAUCAACUGUGACAAGUACGAGAUCCUUAGCUUUGAACCACUUCAUGACAUCGGAAAACAUAUUGAAAACAUUUUUACUGAACUUCCACAUCACCUUCCUGAAAGAGAGGCUAUUGCUGUCAAGGACAUUAUUACUUGUACAAUUGGUGGGAAGGAAACUAAACGAACAUUUGAUUAUCGUUGUGCUCUUAUCAUCCUUGCAAAACAAUCAUCCAAGAUUAUCAGUUCGAAGCUGGUUCAGCACCUUUUGACCACACUGGUGGAAAUUCAAAGAAUUGCUUACAGUUCAGAAGCGGAGAGAACUCCUAAGUCUGUUCUUCGCAUGCACAACAUGACAUGGUAUCAUGGCAUCUUGUGUAGAGAAGUACUUGGAUUCAAGCUUAAGGAAAUUACCACCCGUAAGCUGUAUGGCAAUUAUUAUCAUAACAUCACCAGCCACGCUGCAAUACAACAUCGCCUGAUCAGUGGAAAAGCAUGCAAUGUCGAAGAGCAAGAACGAAUCUUUAACACCAUUACCAACAUCACUGUGACGACCUCCUCCUACCACCCGAGUCACAUCAUUGGAAACAUCUUCAUCAGACUGCAAGCCGAGAAACAGAUGCAAGCUUUCCAAGGCUCUUGUUUCUCUAAGCAAGAAGCAUCUGUUUCUAAGCUUGCAGCAUCACUACCCUCAUGUGGUAACACCGUAAUUCCACAAGACCUAAAAGAGAAGCACAUCAGAUCAUGGCAAGCUCACCUUGAAAGAGUUAGUGAUUUUCUCCUGCCAGGUAAAGGAAUCUGGUGGAUUGAGCAUGAGGAUGGUGAUACUGAAUUUCUUGAUGGGGAAAAGGAAUCAAAUAUACGUGCGCAAGGUGGGGAAAAGGAAUCAAAUAUAAGUGCGCCUUUACUUCACCACUUUCGGUCUAGCAAUUUUUGUGUUGAAGAACAGUACCUUAUCGAUUGUUGGAAGCAAUGCUUAACAAAUGGUGUUAUCCUUCCAAUAAAGGCCAUUCGAGUUGAAGAUGAGCAUGGUCAGCUUAAGAUUGUGAUUACCUCACCAUGUGCUAAUAUGGUUGUCAAUGACAAUGCGACUAAUGAAGAACAACAGGCUGAAGAACAAUCUAACAUGGAAGAACAGCCAGGCACAGAUGAACAACGUCAACAGAACGAAGAGUUUGAACCGGAAAUUGUUGGAUUCCACCUAGAUAAUUCAUUUAACACUUUUGAUCUAGAACCAGCUGAGCUUGAUGAGGAUAACACAAGCAGUAUAAUGCCUGACUCAAGUGCUAACAGUGAGCAACAUGGUUGUACAGAAGUAUCAAUAGGUAAAGUAUUCUCCAGAGGUCUAGUUACUGUAUAUAGCCAUAACUAUAGCACAUCACCUAUCAGGGCCGUAGCUAGACACGAUAAUUGUGGUGGUGUCUAUUCAUAUAUUCAUGUUUACAUACCAUAAAAACAAGAAUUCCGUCUUGCAGAACACAAAUAUAUGAAUAUACCCCCCCCCCCCCUUAUCGUUUUAGCCACGGCCAUGUCAGCAAUAGUGUAUAAAGAUGUACAAUGGGUUUCUGGCUUAUCUGUAUGGUACGGCAGUAAGUAUUAUCUCAGAAUUAUAAAUAACCUUAAUUAGUAAACAUUAAUUGUAUGUUUAUGUUCAUUACAGAUUCUGCCUGUUCAGUAGGCAAUGAGCUAGAAACAACACUGAGACAUCCUGCAACAGUAAACAAAGAUGAUUGUUCUGGUAUCAACUGCAAAGUCCAAGCUGAAAAUUCUGUGGGAUGUGUAACAAAAUUAGGGAAAGCAAUUGUGAUGUGA